AUGCCAGGACGAGCAAACAACUCCGGUAAUGGUUCCAACAACCAGAACCGCGUCAACAAGAACGCUGCUCCUCGAUCGAACGAGGACCUAACAUGUCGCAACUGCAACAGGGUAGGUCAUCUUGCCAAGGACUGCCAGUCCACAACUAGCAACAAUGCCGCUCGACUCAACAACAAUGGCGAGAAGCAUUGCGAGAACCACCCUCAUCUGACUAACCACAGCACCGCGGAGUGUAAGAUCCAAAAGAACAACAAGACCAAGACCAAGACCAAGAACAACGAAGACCGCGAUGGCGACGUCAAGAUGGACGGCUUCGCUUACGCCGUCUCCAACACCGUCUCCAACGCCAACGCAAAAUACUGUCUCAUCUGCAAUUCGCGCUCCCACUACCGCAACCAGUGUAAUAACGUGGCCGCCGCAGCCAGACUCACCUUCUCCAACUGCGUCUGCUGGAAGUGCCAUCUCCGCGGCCAUAUGGGCGAUGAUUGCGAGAACCCGUCCGCCAAGUUCUGCGACCGAUGCCACAAGUCUGGCCAUGCUACCGUGGACUGCAAGAGCACAUCCAAGUCCGACGGUUUCCGCGCGCAGCUCGCCCUCAGUGCCGUCAGAUCAGAGCGAGCAUUCGAGGUGAGUUAUAUGACCUACCCCGUGACCGCUAACGCACAGCCAGUCCCCGUCGCACCAGCAACCGCCUUCUUCCCAACGACCUCAAUGCAAAUUGAGCUCCCCGCUCCCACUACCUUCGUAGCUCCACCAAAGAAUGACUACGCCUGGGAUCUGAACUGGGCAAGCUUUCCAGCCGGCACCAAGCUCACACCGUCAGGGGCCCAUUACCUCAAGACCCUCGCCCUAGCCGAACAGCGCGUUCUAGAAGAACAACUCAGCACCACGCAUAAGCAGAUCCGCGCCCACUGCGAGGAGCCCAAGUACCUGUACCCCAAACACAAGGCGAACAAUUACAUCAGAGAUAUCUACCACGUUCUCCUCGAGAACCAGAUCUUGACUCCGGAACGUCUGCAAGCCGCUCACUUCGGCAUGGCGAAGAAUCCCGGGUGA